CCCUGUGCCAGGGUGAUUGUACGGCGGAGACGCGCGUGACAUGUCGGAACACCACCGCGUCGCCGCAGCCGCUGGUGGCUGGGGUACGCCGAGCCCUGGGAAUCGUGAGGAUGGUUCUGGUGGUAAUGCAUGGUGGCCUGGUAUGAAUCCUGAUCAACAGCAGCAGGCCAAUCAGCAAAAUCAACAGGCACAGCAGCAGGCACAGCAGCAAAUGCAACAACAACAAGCGGCUGUUGCUGCUGCACAACAGCAACAGGCACAGCAGCAGCAACAACAGCAACAACAACAGCAGCAGCAGCAAAAUUUACAUCAACACUUGAUGAAUCAGCAGGCAGCUGCUGUUGCACAGCAACAGGCACAGCAACAAUUGUCACAGCAUCAUCAGGAUAUUGUGAGGAGUACAGCAGCAGCGACCCAGCAAUUGUUCUCGUACAAGAUGGCAUCGAGCUUUCAAAAUCCAGCGACAACUGGUGCACAAUCGAGUCCAGUGUCAACGUCGAGUCCUGUUGGUACAUGUAUGAGAGGUGGUUACGAUUACAGAAUUGGACAGCAGGGGGGUCCACCUGGGGGUAAUGGCAAUGGUAGUGCACCACAGCAACAACAAAAUCCACCACCUGGUGUACAAUGGUGGUAUGCUAGCAAUGUUAUGGAUGCUGGACAGAAUAAUAUACAUCAGAUGCAGGGACAACAACAUUUAGCUACACAAACUUCUAAUCAAAUUGGAGCGCAUCAGAUACAACAGCUACCACAGCAGAAUAAUCUUCAGCAGAAUAACGCUCAGGUUAACAAAAUGCCGAGGGGAAAGGCAGCGGACACGAAACCAAGGGGGCGAAUGACCGCUUACGCCUUCUUCGUACAGACGUGCCGCCAGGAGCACAAGAAGAAGCAUCCAGAGGAGAACAUUGUCUUCCAGGAGUUCUCCAGGAAGUGCGCCAUGAGGUGGAAGACCAUGUCUGAUAAGGAGAAAAAACGUUUCCACGAGAUGGCUGAAAAAGAUAAGAAGAGGUACGACGCAGAAAUGCAGAAUUACACACCACCCAAGGGUGAGAAUGUUAAAGGCAGGGGAAAGAAACGCAAGCACAUCAAGGAUCCCAAUGCACCAAAAAGAUCAUUGUCUGCCUUCUUCUGGUUCUGCAAUGAUGAGCGUGGCAAGGUUAAAAUGCUUAAUCCAGAAUACGGUGUAGGUGAUAUUGCUAAGGAAUUGGGCAAGAAGUGGUCUGACGCUGAUCCAGAAACCAAAUCCAAAUACGAGGCUAUGGCAGAGAAAGACAAAGCUCGAUAUGAAAGGGAAAUGACUGCGUACAAAAAGAAAAUGAAGGACGGUCCGGGAGUGGGAGCGCCUGCAAACGCGAUUAAGAACGAGAGUGAGGAAGAAGUCGAAGAAGAUGAUGCCGACGAGGAUGAUGAAUAGCGGGAGCACGUCUAAUGAAAAAAAAGAAUAAAAAAAAAAUGAAAGAUUGAAAAGAAAAAAAACGAAAAGAAAAAAUCGAGAGAUAGAUUGAAAAACGAAAACCGAAAGCAAUGAAACCAACAAGAAAGAAACAAGAAUAUUAAAAAUUAAUUCAUGGAAUUUUUUUGAGUGGCGAAUGAAAGUGUGAGCGGAAAUAUACUACAAAAAUAGUGUGAAGACGUAUGAGAAUGCAUUACCCCUAUCUCGUGAUUAUUUUCUCCCCGCCAUUUUUCCCUCGAUUUUUCAACUUUCUUCGUCUUUGUCAUUUUUAAGUUUAAUUAGCGAACUUUUUCGAUCAUUAUUGGAGUAAAUAAUGCGAAGACUCACCUACUGUACAUACCAUUUACCUUAGAGUGAGGGUACUUACGACUUGGCUUAGGCAAAACACCUAUUGACUAACCAAAAAAUAAUUAUUGUUCCUUGUUCCUCAUGCUCUCGAGUUCCGAAUUUUGUUUUUUUUUCCGUCAUUAUUUCACGUAAUUCUCAUUCUCCCAAUUUUUUCCCCCAUUACUCUUCCUCACCCUCCCUCUCCCCUCCCCCAUCUCAGCGUUUAAUAGUAAUUAUUUUAAAGAGUUGAAAGGAAAAUACAAAACGAAAAAAAAAA